GGAACGAAACAUAGCUUAAUGGUCCCACCAACGGGGAUCGAUCCCACACCGACCGCGUAUCAGGCGAGCGCUUUGCCUCUGGACUAUGUCCAGCCCAUAGGCGUACGGGCUCCCAUUUUUGUAGUGAGGCAGGCUGUGAGCCAUUCAUUAAGUUCCGCUUUACGUAUGCGUAUUCUGUCUCGUAGGUGUUUUUCUUUCUUUCUUCUUUCGUUCUUUUGUUUGUUUGCUUUGUUGUUGUUUUUUUGGGGGGUUUUGGGGGUUUUUUUGCGGGGUGGUUGUUUUUUUGUGGGGGUUUUUGUGUUUUUUUUGUAGUCGCGUGCUCGUUGUUACAAUUGUCAGAAACAAUUACCUCUGUUUGUAUCGUAGAAUAAUCGGGUAUUUAUGUCGCUGCGUAUAUAUCGCUGUUCAGUAACGUCAAAGUCACGGGUAUUUAUCCUGGGUUAAAUCCGCCCUUUGUCCAAAACACGCGUUCUGAUUUACGCAAGCUAAGGUGUCAGGCUAUAGCAAAACCUGAUCGAUUUAUUGAUAGGUUCACUAGGACGACGGGUAUACAAAUUCAUGGUUUCUUUCAGAAAGAAUAUUUAUGGAUAUUAAAGUACCCGUAUGAUUACGGCAUACAUUAGCAGGAGCAAAAUGGCGAGUGUGGUUUUGUACAUACUUAUCCUGAUUUCCUUCAUUCUAGGAGCUGAUGGCUACAUCUGCACUAGGAGGUCGUAUGGAUACUACUACUACUCGUACACGUCCUACAUCACGUGCAGCACGGGAUGCUGCGGUUCAUAUUACAAUAGAUACUGCUGCAUGGGAGGUGGUUUGAUAUCUGGGAUAGUGUUUGCUUGUCUCGCCGGGCUGGCUAUCCUCGUCGUCGUCAUCUGUAUGUGUUUGAAGAAGAAGGGCUACAGUGGCCGUGUUGUCGGCCCAACAACCAUGAGGACGACACAGCAGCAUCCAGGCAACGUGACGGUCGUGUAUUCAGGUGGUCAGACUGGACAGUAUCCAAUGCAACCGGGUUACCAGCAGCCGCGGAUGCCCCCACCUUAUAAAUCAAACGAUCCGCCGCCCCCAUACGGCUACAUUAACCCGGCGUACCCACCAGGCACAUUGAUGAACACUCAGGUUUAUAACACGUCCAUGAUGUCACCGGGGGUGCACCCUGCUCCAGCACCUCCAAUGCCUAAUCCUAACGACCCUGCAUACCCACCCCCUGGUACCGCUUAUCCACCUGGUACAGCUCCACCCCCUGGUACCGCUUAUCCACCUGGUACAGCUCCGCCCCCUGGUACCGCUUAUCCACCUGGUACAGCUCCGCCACCUGGUACUGCCCCUCCACCCGGUACAGCCCCACCCCCUAAUUCCGCCCAAAUCCCAAGUACAGCCCCGCCCCCUUUUAGUUCAGUGGUGCCCGGCACAACGGAUCCGCCCCAAGCCGCCAGCUCUGUAUCAUCAAGAUUGACAACACCGGCUACGGCGCCACACCCACAACCGCCGCCAUCAACCAAUGAAAACCGAUCUUGAGCAUGUUUUGGUGACCAUAUCAACCACCUGGACUAUAUACAAUAUAUAUAUAUAUAUAUAUAUAUAUAUAUAUAUAUAUAUAUAUAUAUAUAUAUAUAUAUAUAUAUAUAUAUAUAUGCAUGUCAUUGGUUUAUGUCUAUACUUGAUUAAAACUGAACGUGGACGUUUAUGAUUUAGCUACGUGCAGGUUAUAAACACGUAUAUGUAACAGUAGACAUUAAGUUUUUAAAGUGUAUAUUUUCUACAUCAGGGAGAUCAAACAGUUACCUAAUGGAAAUAUUUUUCAGGAAUGUUUUUUAUAUUUUCAUUUUUAAAUAAUCAUAAUAUUGUUUCUUCUUUAGAAUAUAGGUGUCUGUAUAUUAUGUGUUUCUUGUUGUCCUAUUGAUGGUAUGUAUCCCAAACUGGAUUUGGUCUCCCAACAAUUUCGUACGUACGAAAAAUAUAUAUAGUAUUGCGAAACGAAGUAGAGUUUCAGCUAGUACAAUACUGGGACGAUCAGAAACAUAUUUAAAUAUAGAGCCACUGAUAUUUUAUGCAGGAAAAUGUAUUUAUUUCCAAUUUGUUGUCCUUAAAACGUCUCUGGUAGUCCGCAACAUCUUAACAAUGGCAACAAACUCAGGACUGUCCCUUUAAAUGCAUAGUGUCACAGACCACUGACCUAUUAAAUGGCCUAACAAAGCAUUACCUGGGGGAAAAUUUGAUUUGUCCCUAAAAGUA